UUGGUUACUGUAAACAAAGCAGCAGGAUGUCAUCUAGUAGGAUUUCAUUGAUUUCACUACACAGCGUCCUGAUAUUAGCAGAUUUAAUUCAGGAAGACUUUAUACAUUGCAUAAUCAAUAAAAAGAUAGAAUGUAAUAACUUGCAAAAUAGCAUUUAAGACUUUUUAAGGGCUUUAAAUUUCUCUGGAUUGAUUUAUCAACUUUUAAUGCUGUUUAAGAUCCCGCGGACACCCUGGAUUAUGAUCUGAUGUUUUAAAGACGUAUUUUCAGAGAUUACCUGAUUACAUUUCAUUUCUAUAGCUUCUGGAGACUUUUUGAAGCAAGCCACAUACUUAUUAUUGAGACUGAUUGGCUAUUGUUUGUAUAUUUUCUACACACUUGCAUGUAUUGACUUUUGUUCAAUUGAAAAUCUAAUUAAAAUAUUUGCUUUAGGUUGUGUUUUAGAGAACAGUCUGCUGGUGUCACAGAUGUCUUCUGACCCGCUGCAUUAAACUUUCAGCAUGGUGUUGAACUCUCCAUGUCAGAGCCCAGGUUUGGUUACACAUGCAGCACACCUGCACCGAGGUAAUACACACACAAAUGUAGUUUAACAAUGGCUGUUCUUGCGGAUAAAGCUCUGACUUUCCUACGUGUUCACGCGUUCAUCUUUCUGAUGGUCGCGUACGGCUUGUUUAUCGUCAUGGGCGCUGUUGUUUUGAUGGUACUUGAGCAACCUGAGGAGAAUUUGCUGGUUCAAGAGGUCCGUGAACUGAAAGCUCGUUUUCUGGCAGAUAACCCGUGUGUUGAGGAGCGAAGUUUGGAUGGUUUGUUAAUGGACGUGCUGUCUGCUAGUAAACGCGGUGUGGCUGCACUCCAAGCAGACAGUGACGAGUGUAAUUUCGACUUUACGUCGUCGCUGUUUUUCGUCAUCACCUUCCUCACGACCACAGGUGAGCAGCGGCUAGAUGGGAUACAACUGUAGAUUAUGGAAGGCCGUUGGGGCCAAAUAGUGGAUUCGCACGUGGACAUAGCGUAAUUUUUUGUGACUCUGCACAACAAUAAUUAACAUUUUUACAUUACUGUGAGUGGUAGGCGCUAAUUAA